AUGGAAGGCUAUAGUCAAGACACAUGCCACGCAUAUGUGGCUGGGGUUGAAACUUCCUACGGCUAUGUACCUUCACUCACGGCAGCAUCAUUAUUUGUGACCUUCUUCGGCCUCUCGAUGCUGAUCCAUACCGCACAAGUGAUUUACUAUCGUGCAUGGUGGUGCGCUGUCUUCUCGAUCGGCUGUUUAGUUGAGCUACUAGGAUGGGCAGCACGAAUUUGGUCCGCGAAAUGUCCUUACGCCCAAACACCCUAUAUGAUGCAAAUAACCACCCUGAUCAUUGCCCCUACCUUCUUCACCGCGGGAAUAUAUGUCAUCCUCGCCCGACUCGUUUCAACAUUCGGACGCCACUCCUCCCUGAUGCCGCCAAAACUCUACGUCUGGAUUUUCUGUAUCUGUGAUGUGAUUGCCUUGGGAGUCCAAGGUGCCGGCGGCGGAAUGGCCUCGUCAGAAAGCUCCAACAGCAGCAGCAGCCAAACGACAGGCACCCACAUCAUGGUCGGGGGCAUCAUCUUCCAACUCGUGUCCAUUACCCUCUUCGUGGGCCUGGCCACCGACUUCGUGCUCCGCCUGUCCAAGCAGCAACACAAGCCGCAUGCGAUCAUCCGUUCGAAUACUCCCUUGCUCUUCCUCGGUGGCGCGACCGUCUUCUCCCUGCUGCUGAUCUAUAUCCGGAGUGUGUACCGGACGAUUGAGCUGCUGCACGGAUGGACCAGCGCGACGAUGCGGAAUGAGAAGUUGCUGAUUGGCCUGGAUGGCGCGAUGAUGGUGCCGGCGGUCUGGGUGUACAAUCUCCUGCAUCCGGCUUAUCUGCUGCCUAAGAUCCAGCAGAAUGCUCUUCGGGUCCAGGGCGCUGCCAAUGGAUUGGCGGAUGGCCCCUGGGCGAAGCUACCUACUUGGGGCUUUUGCCUGUAG